CCAGCUACGAACGCAGAAGCAGAAGGGAAAAACUCCGAGCUCCCCAAACGCUGGCGGAGAAAAACUUACCCCGAAUAGCAUUGUUUUCUCUGCCAGCGUAUGGAGAUGAGCCGUGUAGCAACGCCGGAGUCUCGCCGGAGCCGGGGAUUUUUCUGUGAUAAGUUCGCAAACCGUACCAGUCGCCAGUAAAGAGAAGUGACGCGCAGUUCCGCUCGCUCAACGCAGCUGCGUUUGAACGGAAAAAACCCCGCAAAUGACCUACAUUACGCGUAUUUCCCGUCUGCAUGCGGUAAUUAAUCAACGAAUAUAACCGACGAAACUGUGUGUGUGUGCAUGUGCUUGUGAUAAUUAAAAGCAACCGUUCCGAGACGGGUGUGAAACGUGUGAAGCCGACCAACGCAUCCAAGAAAGUGACAAAACCAAAGCGGAAGUGCAUACACCGUGCUCAACCGAUCGAAUCAUGCUGAAGGACCUGAUCGCCGCCGAAGCGGUGGCGCCGGAAAAAUGUGCCGGAUGUGGCAUUUCCAUCCGAGACCGAUACUACCUCCUCGUGGCGGACCGUGCCUGGCACAACCAAUGCUUACGGUGCUGCAAGUGUCUACACAACCUGGAAGCGGAACUGAGCUGCUACUCGCGUGAAGGAAACAUUUACUGCAAGGACGACUACUACAGGCAUUUUUCGGUGCGAAGAUGUGCUCGUUGUGGGAACGGCAUCAGCGCCUCCGAUUUGGUGAUGCGAGCCAAGGACCUCAUCUUUCAUGUCAACUGCUUUUCCUGCCUCGUCUGCGGACAGUUGCUGCGCGGUGGUGACACGGCCGGCAUACGAGAGGGUCGUGUGUUUUGUGGCGAUCAUUACGAGUCGGAGGUGUUAAGUGAACCCGAAACCAUUUCACCGCAGUUUUUCCCCGUAACGACGGCCGGCGGCAUGGCGGUACAAACGUCGCAGAAAGGACGACCGAGGAAGCGAAAACUUGCCACCCCGCAGCCACCGGGCCUGCUAGACCCUACCGGCGGCUCACAGCAUCCCACCACCUGCCCGUCGCUACAGUCGACGCCAACGCAACCGCAGCCACCUCAACUGCAGACACAACAAACGACACCACCGCAGCCGCUCGAGGCACUCGAUGCUGGUACGCCUCUGCGUUUAGAUCUUCUGCACAAGGAGCUGAGCGUCAACAGUUUGGAUCUGUCCACGUACGACGGUAGCCAGUCGCCCGGUUCUGGCGGUGCGCUUACGCCGAACUGUCGCACCAAGCGCAUGCGCACCUCGUUCAAGCACCAUCAGCUGCGCACGAUGAAGUCGUACUUUGCCAUCAAUCAGAACCCGGACGCGAAGGACCUGAAGCAGCUGGCACAGAAGACGGGCCUGUCCAAGCGGGUGCUGCAGGUGUGGUUUCAAAAUGCUCGCGCGAAAUGGCGCCGUAACGUGAUGCGGCAGGACGUGGGCAUGGGCAAUCCGGGCCAAACGCUCGGCGGUCUGCCAUCGAUCGGUGCCGUCACCCUUCACCACCACAGUGCCAACGGCCCAAACGGACCGAACGAUCCGGGCAGCAUCGGUGACCUUUCGUCGACGCAGGUCCUCGAGGAGAUGCACAACAUGACGUUCGCCGAGCUGUACUGACACAAUCUGAUGAUCAAAAACAUGAUCCUGUCGAAUGUGAUAAAGCUGUCGCGCAAUCAAUCGCCGGCCGGUUCGGGGCAGCCGGUUGAGAAUACGGUUGACCAUGGCUCGUUUCGACCCCAACUCGAUCACAACCGCACCGGAGGAGAGGAAGCUGUUCCGGGGCACAGUAUCGGUCUGCUGGAUGAUGGAGAUCCCGGUGGACCUUUGCUGGACGAGAUGACCCUUGAAGCUGCAUCCGACGCCGGUGGCUGGACACCGAUGGGAUGUCUCGAUGGUACGAGCUGCACUUCUCUGCUGGCAGACGAGGCGUACGAAGGAGAAAUGCCGCACGGCAAAACACAAAUGCGCGAUUGUAAUUAGUAAAGUGUUACGUAGGAUAAGCGUGUCGUAGCGUUCUCUAAACCUCUUCGCCCAGUCUCGCUCGCCACAUCGCUCGCCUUAGCGCUCGGCCGGGAGGCGGCUUUGUCGCCUCGUUAACCACCGUCAAAUGGGGCCACGAGAAUGGCAAUUUUGUAGCCACACACACCACCAGUAGAAGUCCAGCAAGUGGCUUACUGUUUGCAUUUGCUGUUCAGCGCUAAUUGGUCCCUUGGGAGGCGAUAUAUAGCAUCAGCGACACCGUGCAUAGUCAUCAUCACCAUCACCAUCAUUAUUAUUAUCGCCAACUUCACACCAGCAUCGUAAAAAAAUAAUGCUUUUUCAACGCGAUAGCAAGCCAAUGGUAGCGUAAAUUGCAGCCUGAUGCAUCGGACAAUUUGCCAACCAAAGUGCUCCACGGUUAACUGUGACGCGUGGCAGGUGUUGAAAGGUAUAUUUGGGUGAGCGUGCCAUACGGCCAUCAGUCGGCCCGAUUUCGUAAUGAAAAGCAAACGCUCCGAACAGCACACAAUGUGCAAGUGAAAAUUUGCACUCGUUUCCUUAUUUUUUUCCUGUAAAAUUUUCCUUCCCAUCUAGAACUAAACGUUCCGUUCGGCAAACCCCACUCAACCAACUGGCGUGGAUGAGAUGGUAAAUGUGUUCCGCUCGUUACGCGCUCCCCCGCUCUACCCACCCAACCUCUGUACCAAACCAUGUAAUCAUACCGAUGGUAGUGCGCUCUGCCCUGGGUCGUCAGACUUGCAAUUAAUUAAUACGAUAAACCAACAAACGAUUAGUGGCGAAAGUGUGAAUAUGCUGCCGCGAAUAAACCGGGCCGGGUAGGGGUCGUCGUCAUUAAAGGGUGGAGUGCAACCCCAUCCAACUGUUUCAGCCUGUGCGAAACAAAAUGGCUUCCCCGCACCCUUCUUGAGGCCGAUCGAGAGCAAGAACGCAAAUCGUAAUUGAUUUAAUAGUAGCCUUUUCGGCCCCGCGUAGAACAAACACGUGUACAAACAAUGUUUCAUUAUUUUGCUACCGCUUAUUGCGCAGACACACUCACACACACAGAAUUUCCAGUAAGAAGGUCAAUUGGGAUGGUACGGAUGAAAGCGCCAGGAAACGGGAUGGAUGUUUUAUGUUAAUUGGAAAAAAAGCGCUACAAACGACAAAACACAGCUCUUGUGGUUGAAAUUAAAUUGGGUGCAAAACGGUACUAAACGGUGUUGUUUUCUGCCUGACAUCAAACUGACUCAGCGCAAAAGAGAAAGAGAGAGAGAAGGAGAGGAAAUUGAUUAGCAAUUUUUCCCAUUUAUUGCCAAUUUUUAACACCGUUGUCAUCCACGCGUUUAUCCACAUAAGCACAAAAGACUUCUACGCGUCUGCAAGCGACGAACCGGCGUGCGAUAUAAUUAAACGAUCAACCUCCACCUCUCUUUACCUUUUUGCCCUCUUUUUAAACCACACCACAAGACUGCUUCCUCUAUGCCCGUGUUCCCGAAGGAAAGGAUAAUGUUUAAUCAAUGGAAGAAAACACCGAAAACUUACUGAUCGUUUGCAACCGCGGUUGACAAAUGCGCACCGUUCGCAGCAGACCCACGGUUGGUAGUACAAAUUGGUGGUACAAAUUAAUUUACCCAUGCACAAGCGCGCAAUUGCACUAGCUGCGCGCUCGAUUUGUCGAUUGUUUCUUGCGGGCUAACGGUUGUGCAUCGAUGGUGGUCGCAUCCCGUACAUCAAGCUGCACCAAUUACAAUAAGUUCGUACUGCAGCACCCCCGAGAGCGUCCGCAAUAUUCUCCAUCUCGAGGAGGGGUUAAUUAUUUUGCUUCAAUACUAAGACUUCCCUCUACUCCCCACACAGCAGGACGCGGAAUGACACGGUGUAGCAUUAAUGAACCGGUACACGAGUUGCAACGUCCCUCCCCCCAGCGAGAGCCUGACGAGCUACCCCUAUUUUCUUGGUGCGAUUUGAAAAGUGUAUUAAUGAUAUUCAUUACGCCGGCCGCGAACCGAACUCGCGAUCGCGACUCAAAAACAAACAAACUGUAGCUCAUUCGGACAUGAUCGCUUUGCCCAGCCUGACCCCCGGGUGUGCAGCCAGAUACAAAUCUUAUUAUCCAAUUAAAGGCCAAUUAUCGAAAACAACCACCAACGAACGGAUGGGGUUGUUCAGGGAGGGAACGGGUUUCGCGGUUGCACACGGUCGGACAAAGUGUGAAUAAUGUCGUCCCGCUGCAUGGAUUGAGAUGCAAAAUCACGGUGACAGCGACAGUAGCCCCUGGUGCUGUGUUGUGCACCGUGAGCACCGCGAUCGUUGCUGAUGGAACUUUAAGGGUCUUUCUAUGGGGAGAAGGGCUUCACACUAUCGUCGUGGUUGACAGGUGCAGCAGAAAUUGUUGCUGCUGUUUUGCAUUUGCACGUCUCGAAGCACUUUCUUCGUCUGUCUUUGCUUAGCGUGGCUGAGCAACAGAAGCCGGUUGGUGUAUGAUUAAUGAUCGUAUUAGAAGUCACGAUUGGGACACGAUUAGACGACACUAAGUGAAGGAGUUUAAAAGGUAAUCCGACAGCAUAGUUGUUGCAAAGAAAGGCCGAUUUUGGUCCUUUUACUGAUUACGAUAAGGAACAAUUUUUAAAUGCUGGGAUGAAUCAUGUCGAUACUUCCGGCAAUUAUUGGGUCUACAAGUAAGUUUUUAGUGUUUUAUUAAUUAUUCUUUUUUUUAACUAUACUUGAAUUGAGCAGAGUAUUGUCAUUAAUUUUAUUUAUUUUAAACCUAAAGAUCAAUACAAUUUGGAUAUGCUGUUUGCUCUUCAUGGAGCAGAAUGUAUUGAAUACUCUACGUUUGAUGAGUUUCACGCUCAAGGUAAGAUGAGCUACAAAGAGUUGAAGAUUUUUAAAUACGAGGGAUUGUUGGCAUCAUUAGCGAUUGCUGCAUCAGAAUCCGUGACAAACGCAAAAAGGGUUUGCUGCAUCCCUGAACGUGACAGAAUAAAAUGUUUUCUGAUGGAUGAAAGAACUGGAAAUCAUCUAAUAAGUUGAAAAUGAAGUUCCGGUGCAAUUGAGGCCUAGAGGCAUCGUUUCGUACUUGGUGACGAAAACCAUAUCUUUUGAGAUGUUAAUAUUUAAGAUAUUUAGGAUGACACUCGAUGAAAGUUGUACUUCACGCAGUGGUUUAUAUUUGGAGGCCCCGAGCGGAACUGGAGUUGAAGCCCCUCUAAUUGUGAUAUAAGAGAAAAAUGACAGGAUUUCCCUCACCGACAAAUCCCCCCAUUUCGACGAGGCUUCUUGGUUGAUCUGUCACUGACUUCACGUAUGCUGCACAUGGAUGAUCAGAGAGACGUUAUGCACCACGAACUGCUUCUGAUCGCACAAUUCAUCUCAGACCAGAAAUGAUCGCUGGAUACGAGUCAUCACGUCCAUGACGGGUAAAAAAUCUAUCCUGAAAUAAGUGGAUGAGUUUCACCCGCCAGACUUGGCGAUCAUCCAGACAUAGUUUCAUCCGACCACCACUAGCUCUAAUUGAUGCUGUAUGCUCUUAACGGAAUACCUUUAAUGGAGCAACUCUCAAAAUGAAACAUUUUUUCCUAUAAAUGAUGUAGCUAAAUAAUGUCUCAAACUUCGAGCAGAGAACAGCUGUAAAUUCUCUUGAAGAGCCGCUAUCAUCGAUAUGAAUUGCAUGCAAUUGCGAUAAAUGUAACAAUCUCCUUACUUUUCCAUCUCAUGUUUUCUCUUUCCCGACUGAUGCCACUAAACAAACUCUCAAGAUAAAUCGCUGUUAAAGCGGAUGCAUUACCAAGCACAAAAUCAAUGUCAUCAUCAUAUUCCAUAACGAUGACAAUUAUCGUUGAUUGCAUAUUUACUCCCUGCGGUAUUAGGCGUCGCACACCGAAAACAAAAGCAAAACACCUCUAAAGCACCUAUAAUUUCAUGUAAAUUCUUUCCUCGUUUUCCACGUCCCUCAUACUUUCCCCCCUUCCUCACCUUCCAGCGAACCGGACUCCGUGUCAAACAAAUGCAAUCGAUUGCAUUAACAUUUUUCGAAUAAAAUACGCAAAUUAUAGCUUGUUUAAUGGGGAGAGUUCACCAUUCCGUACGUCAGCUCAUUCCGACAGCUUUAACCUGUUACCAUUCGCCCUUACCGUACAGAAUCCCUCUCAAACGAAUAGUUUGCCAAAUAGCCGACACCGAUAAAAUGGCUUAUUUUAUGUAGCAUCCAUACUGAAGUGCACCGAGGGUUGUUGGGUAGCAGCGAUAAAGCGAUCGUUUAAUUCGUGUCCGGGAGAUUCCCUCGUCCGUUGUUCAGACUUAUCCUGGAGGAUGGAUGGAUGGGUACCGAGAUCGUGUGGGCACGGGCGACAUGCGUCACCGUUAAUCAGUUGUGCGAGCAGCCAGCCGCAGCACGGGACACGCGUCCCGGUGGAAUCUGAACGGAGGUUGGUUGGUAUCCUGCACAACACGGUCAGCAUAAUUACUGAUCCGAAAGGCGUGUGUAGAAUGCACUGGGAUGCGAUCAUGCGUUGUAUAAUCUCGGCAAACAGUACGUGAUGCUGCUGUCUGACUCUCGGGGCUCGAAGUAAAAGGGCAGAUGGCGGAGAUGCGAGCAAAACAUGUGCGCUAUGACCAAUCGAGAGUUGGAUGAGGACGAAUAUACCAAAUGUGAAAAAUGUGAAGACGUUGUAGAUAAGAAAACUAAAACCGAUCAUAUAGAGAACCUCAGCGAUGUAGCAGUUAGUACAUGGUGUAGCCUUCAGGUAUUGUGCGUAGUGUAUUUAGUGUGAAUAUUUAUGUGAUUAGUAGCACCAGCAUUAGGAGCAGGAGAAGGAAAAGCAAAUCAAAAGUAGAUCUUUAGAGUGUUGAUGAGGGCUGGUGCCAGUGUUUGUAUCUGUGUAUCUCCCGCACAGCAAGAACCUCACGCAAGCAUUCACGCCACAGAAUCUCGAUCAGCUGUAGAUUGUACAUUGUAGUCAAUAAUAAAGUAACAAGACUUAAACACAUAACACUCCCAGGCCAUUGUUUUGCUAUUUUUCCGAUGACAAUUGAUUUCGUGGAAGGUUCCUUCACUCCUGGCCACGCUCAACAAGAUUGCUACAUUUCCCAGUAAAAAAAAAGAUACAACCAACACGAUAAGCGAAGGUGCAGAGCUGUGUUUAUGCAGUACAAAUAUUUCGAGAAAAACAAAAACUUCCCAAAAAUAAUGCCAAACUGUUACCGUUAUCGGGGUACAUAAAUCGAACAUCAUGAACUGGUGUGGGCCCCGGAACCAGACUGUCGAGGACGAAUCCGCCCGAUCCGGGCCAGCGCGGUCUGCGUGGUGCAGUUGUCAGGAAAUCGUGGUUAAAAAUUCAAUAUGGAAUUUGCAUCCAAUUAAGGAAUACUUUUCUCCCGGUUUUACCAGUCCCCGGGCGCUUUUGGUCUAUCUUCAACCUCAAUUCUUGGUAGGGCGUUGACGGUGAUCUGCCGCUACCGAUUGGGAAGAUGCUUGUUCGUGUGCGACGUACCGACACCAUUCCGGAUCGGAAACGUGCGAAGAUUUGUGGGCCACGAUCGUCCGUUCGGGUCGUGAAGUUUGGCUGCCCAAAAGGAUGACACCACUUCCAGCGGGUGUCCAGGAAAAAACAAUAGAGAAUUAUGCUCGAGGUCAGCGACACGGGCCAGGCGAAGCCAUAACGAAAUAGCGCUUCCGUUCACUGGAUUCUCAUAAAAUGUCUGCAAGAAUAAAAAGGGAAACAUUUUGGCCUUCUUUAGCUAUUUUUUUGUAAGUCCACCUACAAGUUCAGUGCGGCAUUGGAAAAUGGUUUUAAAGGGGAAAAGCAAUAGCUAAGAAACAAAUAAGAAAAGAAAAAGAAAGAAAAAGAAAAAGAAAACAAAACAUAAGAAAAAAGAAAGAAAAGCUCCCCGAAAACCUACCGAAAGAGAAAACAAAAGAGGUGCAAAAAAUAUGAAAGAGAACAAAUGAAGAUUACACACGGAUUCUGCAAACAACAAAAAAAAACAGAAGGUUUUGUGUCUGAUCGUGAAUCGGCUGCAGUGGAGUGCAGUUUCAGUUUCUUUAGCUUCUUCGUCCCUUUUUGUUUCUUUUCCUCCCAAUCUCUUUGUUCUGCUUUGUUCUACUUGGUCACUGUUAUCGUAAAGUGUUUCGGUUUAUUUUUUGUUUUCCUUUUCACCUUUUUUUUUUUUUUUUUUAGCGACGUAUUUUUAGUCGCUUUUGCUUCUGCAAAAAUGCGUUUGUUUUGUUUUUAACCGUUGAUUUGUUACACGUUCGCGUUGUCUUUGCUUUUAACUGUUUCACUUUUCCCUUUUGUUUCAGCUUUCGCCGUUUUAUGUGAACAUCCUUUUUCGCUUCUCAUGAGCAUUCCUUCUAUUUACAUAAUUGUCAAAAAAAAAA